UUUUUAUCAGAAAACGCCCGCUCAAAUUCCGCAGGAGCUCACCCUCUUCCUCCUCCGCCACCUCAACGCGUCGAUUUAGGGUUAGGGUUAGGGUUAGGGUUAGGAUUAGGGUAACGGUUCGGAUAAGGGCUAGGGUUUUGCUCGCCGGAGCAAGAAGAAGAUGUACUCAAACCAGUACGACGGGGGCGGCGGCGGCGGCAGCUCCUCCCUCUUCUCCGGUGGCGGUUUCAUGCCCUCGCAGGCCACCCAAACCCCCGAAUCCGGAUUCUCCAAGAGUCGGGGCGUUCAGACGCUGCUCCCACUUACAGUGAAGCAGAUCCGCGAAGCUUAUCAAUCCUCCGAUGACAAGUCCAACUUUGUUAUUGAUGGCGUCGAAGCAGCUGCUGCGAGGCUCUUGGGCCGUGUGGUGAAUAAGGUCGAGAGGGUCACCGAUGUCUCCUUUGCCCUUGAUGAUGGCACAGGAAGGAUUGAUGUCCACCGUUGGGUCCAAGACACUUCAGAAACAAAUGAAAUGGCUGCUAUUCAGAACGGAAUGUAUGUUGUCGUUGGUGGUAGCUUGAAAGGUUUCCAAGGCAAAAAUCAUCUGGUGGCUUACUCUGUUCGACCUGUGAUUGACUUCAACGAACUCACACAUCACUUUAUUGAGUGUAUUCAUGUUCAUCUUGAGAACACCAGACAAAAGGUCCAGGUCGUCGCAUCAAUGGGAUCAACAACUCCUUUCAUUAAUGAUCAAAAGGGAUACCAGACUUCUAUCCCCAAUCAAUUUUCCACAAAUCCGCCAAUGGCGGCUGGACCUGAGACUGACAUCCGUGACUUGGUCUUGAAUGUUUUCCAGGAACCAUCAAGCCUGGCUCGUGAGCAUGGAUUGCAUGUGGAUGAAGUUGUCAGACGACUUGGACUGCCAGGAGAUAAGAUCAGAGAUGCUGUCGACUACCAUGUUGACGUUGGCAAUAUAUAUUCUACAAUCGAUGAAUAUCAUUACAAGUCUGCAUGCAAUGGCUGAUGACCUGAUUCGCAAAGUUUGAAGGCGGGCUUCGUUUGUAACUGCACCAUUACUUAUUAGUAAGUUAACAAAUAUGAAUAUCCUAUCCAUGCUCCCUUAGCUUGUGCUAGAAAUAACCGUAACCUGGAGACAAAAGGGAGAAACAUAGUACUGCUAGUCACUUUAUGGAAUUUAAUUUUUGGUUGCGAUGUUGUUGUCCUCCUCACUCUUUGUGCAUGUGAUUCGAUCUCGCAAGAUCGGAGUUUUUGGAUAGUCUUUCGGUGUUGUUAUUUCGUUUGUUAUCUUAAUCUUCUUCGUUUGUAUCUCGCAACUGCUUAUUGUCGAUUCAACUGAGUUAUACUUGUUACCAUUUUCUUCA